UGAGAACCUGAAUUUACCAACUAAGAUGUGCAAGGCCCUUUCCUCAGAAGACGUUCAAUGCAGAGAUACGAUGUCACAGGAGGUGCCGCAGACUUAUCUCCCUGAAUGAACAACACAGCGCUCACACAGACCAUUCCACCUUGCCAGGAAGUUCCUGAAGUAUUUGUCAGCCAGAUGUGCUGCAGCUGAGCUUGUGGUGACUGUGCAGAGCUCGCAGAGAACCGUCAGCAGCGGUCAGACAGACUCUGGCACCACCAGCCUGGCAUGGAGCCUAUCGUCCAGGGCCUCGGAAAAAAGAACAUGUUGGCCAAAGCAUUGUAUGACAACAAGGCAGAAUGCUCUGACGAGCUGGCCUUCCGAAAGGGUGACAUCCUGACCGUGCUGGAUCAGAAUAUCUUUGGCAGUGAGGGCUGGUGGAGGUGCUAUCUACAUGGACGCCAGGGUCUUGCUCCGGCCAACCGACUGCAGCUGUUCACCAUAACCCAGAAUGAUUCCUCGUUGGUGCAGUCCAACUAUAACUCCCUGGGCAGACAACAGUCUUCACAGAACAUCUACCAAGUACCUUCUGCACCCAAAAUCGAAGCUGGAUCCAUGUACGAGAGGAUGGAAAACCUAUAUGUUACUCCGGCAACACAGAAGCCAAUAUCUGGGGACAUCUACCAGACUCCGAUUUGUUCUCCUGCUCAAGUCUACUAUGAAAAGACCAACAGCUCUUCCAGCCAGCAUCUCUUAACCCUCCCAAGGGCAUCACGGGCUUCAAAUGCCACCAGCAUACCCCAACCAGAUGUCUAUGAAAUCCCACCUUCCAAGCUGAAUGUUCCAGCUGUUUCCCAGCGUGGUACCACACCGUCUCCAGUGAAUGGACGUUCUCUAUUUCUCACCUCGUCUGAGCAGCAAAUCUAUGACAUCCCAUCCAGUCCAGACACUCCAGGAAGAAGCAAAGUCAAGACUCCUAAAGCUUCUAAUGUGUAUGACAUCCCCCCAACUGGUACCUUGGCUCACCAGAAGAAUAGAAGUGAAACUCCACCUGUGAGUCCUCAAUACAACACUUUGCCAAACCCCCGGAAGUCAGAUUGGAUCUACGACAUCCCAUUAUCCCCAGAGAGGAAUAUUUUAAAAGGUGGCUGUAGAAAGAUAUCUAUAGACAGAGGCAUGGUGUAUGAUGUUCCUCCGAUGCGGUAUGGACCAGUCCAUUCCAACUGUGCUUCAAGCCAAAUAUAUGAUAUCCCACCACAGCAAAAUAAACUAUCACCAACAGCUAAUAAAAGUCUCUACGAUGUCCCACCAUCCCGAGAUAUUCCUGUUCCACAUCAAAAUGGAAGUUUAAGGAAAGGCUCUUCUACCUUUGGGGUACAAAGGUUGCAUCAUGUAGAUUCCAAGGAAAAUGUUUAUGACAUCCCAAGAGGUUCAUCUGCUGGGUCUCCACCAAAGUCUGAGAUAAGUAGCCUAUCACGCAAUGAGAGGAUAUAUGAUGUUCCUCCACCACUCUCAGGGAAUCCUAAACCUUCCCUACAUAAACCUGACCAAGAUAGGUUGUCCGUGUCCAGCUCAGAAAGUCGCACCAGCACUUUGUCAACUUCAUCCAAUGCUUCUAGUGAGUCCUUUAUGUUGUCAGUUCCAGAUGAGAACACCACUCAAGUGACUCUAGAACCAGACGUGGCCAUCAAGAAGAUUACUGAACUUCAAGAAUGGGUGUCUAGCUCCAUAGCGAGCCUUAUGAUUUUUGUUAGCAGCAAAUGGAGGCUCCAGGAAAACAUGGAGUCCAAUCUGGAGGACAUUCACAGAGCAGUAGACAGCAUUGUCUCAUCAUUAGAACAGUUCAUAGGCUUUGCCCAGAGCAUUAAGGUCAAUGCUUCUCACUUAACGGACACAAACAUUCAAAUGAGGAUUAAUAACCAACUACAAACCCUUACAGACUCCUUACAAACCCUCUCUCAAAAUCAGGAAGUUAUAAAUCUUUGCAACUGGUCUUUGCAGGCUUUGGUCAUUAACAAAUCUCAUACGACACCCGAUGACCUUGACAAGUUUGUCAUGGUGGCCAGGACAAUUCCAGAUGACAUCAAGAGGUUUGUGUCCAUUAUCAUAGCAAAUGGAAAACUUUUAUUCAAAAAGCCUGAAAAUGAGAAGAAGCUGAAACCUGUGAAGGAACAACCGGUGAGCCGAAAGCCACAAGUCCCCCUCCGCAAAGAAAACCAAGUCCUUCGGGAAUCAUGUGUCAAUAAGACCAUUGAGAAACACAAGGAUGAAAAACAUGAAAGACAUCAGCUCUCCAGGCAGAAAGCUAUGGAAGAUAAUGGAUAUGUUUACCUUCAGAAAAAAGAGGAUAUUGAGAAAACGCAAAGCUUAUCACCAAUUCAGCAGCUAGAAAACAAGACAAGCCCUAUAGAAAAGAGGAAAGGAUGGCUGAGACCUGAUUACAGGAUAUCUUUAAGCAAUGACCCUGAAAAGAAAAGUGAUGCAGGCCUCUUAAAUAAACCAAUUGUCCUCACAACUAAACCAGAAGCUCCUAGGUCAACAGCUCCAGUCAAGAAGAUCGCACUUUCCGAGCACUGCUACCUUUACUUUGGUGCUCUCCAGAAGGCAAUAUGUGUUUUUGAAGACAGUAUCAGCAAAAACGAGACACCCGAAGUCUUCAUCACCCAUGGAAAACUGAUCAUUAUGGUCGGACAGAAACUGGUGGACCUUCUCUGCCAAGACGUCAAGGCCAAUGAAGCCCGCAAUGACAUUCUACUCAAGAGCAGCGAGCUCUGCAGUCUACUCAAGAACUUGGCCAUGGCAACCAAGACAGCUGCCAUUCAGUACCCAAACACAGUCACCAUGCAAGAACUCCACUGUAGGACAAAGGAGCUGUUCAACUAUACACAGUUAUUCCGGGCAAUGGUAGAAUGAUUGUUGAAACAAUCAAGGAGAUACAAAAUGGAUUGUUAUAAACUAUAAAUAAUAUUGAACCAAAACAAGGAUACUCAUGAAGCAAAAAUGAAGAACCUUUUGCAAUCAUUAAAUAUGGUGACUUCACCGUCUAACCCUGGUGAUAAAAGUUAACUCCAUGAAGUCUACUUGGAGUAAAAAAAUAAAAUUGGUGCACUCCUUAAGACACUGGCUCAUGAUAUCACACCUUACCCCUCAACCAAAGAUACUUUUGCUGGUCCACUCUUGUUUCCUAAUGAUGCAGUGCUUUUAGAGAGCAGUUUCAUACCACUCAUAGGGUGGUAAUGCUGGUGCUGGUACCAACUUAAGCAGGUGCCCCCCUCAUUAUAGGCCUCAUAACUGUUGUAUGAGAUGUGCCUAUGGCACGCUUUUUCUUGAUCAUAGAACAUGCAGACCUUUCCUCUGCCUAUUCCUUUUUAAUAAAGCUUAUCAGGGAAUAUGUAAAUAAGGAGAAGGGGCCAUAUCCAAGAGGCUAUCAAGUAUAAAAAACGGUAUACUAUUACAUGCAGCCUUAUCCUAAUGAAGGUUGUAGUCCAUGGACAGAUGAUUAGUUCCCAUAUACACAACAAUCUUUCUAUCUAUUAGGAUCCACAUCCCCGCUCCAGAGCUACAAUCUGGACACAGGUCAGAGUACACCCUUGUACUGUAAAUGUAUUUUGAAAUGGAAAUUUGUACAGACUCUUUUAUGUGUAUUUUGACAGAAUUUGU